AUGAAUAUUUUACUUUUUAUCUUCUUGUUUUUUACAACAUUCUCAUCAUCAACUUAUAUAAGACGUCAAGCACUCAGUCCGUGUGUUGGAACUUUUCCAAAUGAAAUUACCACAUAUACUUUCACGCCGAAUCCAAUCAUCAUAGGCCAAACGGCUACUAUUCAUAUUACUGGUAAAGCAACUGUACCUAUUGAAAAUGGAGCGUUGUUUAAUAUAACAUUAUUUCAUGAAAAUCAAGUAUUUCAUCAACACAGCUUCGAGUUUUGCCAAAUGUUUGUUAUACCAAAUGGUUCCACCUGUCCAAUAAAUGGUGAUUAUGAUUUUACCAUAAAUUUCCCGGCAGAAUCAUCAACAGAUGAUCCCGUAAAUACUACAGUCGAAUCUGAUAUAAGAACGCAAAUCAUAAAUCCUGAUGGUAACAUUCUAUCAUGUAUUGAAGGAAAAAUCACGUUUCAUUAUCCCUGA